AUGCAUACUGAAGACAGCAAGCAGAAUUACACUUCAGUGUCCAAAUUUCUGCUCCUAGAAUUUUCAGAAGUUCGGGAACUUCAGAUCUUCUACUUCUUUGUGUUCCUAGCAUUGUACUUGAUGACAGUAUCUGGAAAUCUUCUCAUUGUUAUUGCAAUUGCCUUUGAUCAUCACCUGCACAGCCCCAUGUACUUCUUCCUAAUUAAUUUGGCCAUAUUGGAUCUAGGCUCAAUUUCUGUCAUUGUACCCAAAUCAAUGGCUAAUUCCCUCAUGAACAGCAGGUCAAUUUCUUUUUCUGGAUGUGUUGCUCAAGUUUUCUUUUAUUUCUUCUUUGCCACAGCAGAUUUUUCCAUUCUAACAAUAAUGGCACAUGAUCGCUAUGUAGCUAUCUGCAAACCACUCCAAUAUGAGAAAAUUAUGCACAAAGGAGCCUGCAUUCAAAUGGCUGUCAGUGCAGGGAUUGCCAGUAUGCUGUAUGCCACAUUGCACACAGGGGGCACUUUUGCCAUCAACUUCUGCUCUAAUAUUGUCAAUCAGUUUUUCUGUGAAGUCCCAAAGCUAAUAAAGCUCUCCUGCUCUGAUUUAAACUUAAUAGAAAUUGGAUUUCUUGCCCUUGGCUGUAGUUAUGGUUUAGGAUGUUUUAUCUUCAUCAUAUUUACUUACAUGCACAUCUUCGCUGCAGUGCUUAGAAUCCCAUCAGAGCAGGGUCAGAAGAAAGCUCUCUCCACUUGCCUUCCCCACCUCAUUGUUGUGUCUCUGCUUCUUUUCAGCGGAAUGUUUCAGUAUGCAAGGCCUCCCACUAACACUUUUUCUGAUGUGGACAUAAUUGUUUCUGUGAUAUAUACCAUAAUUCCACCCCUCCUGAAUCCCUUCAUCUAUAGCAUGAGAAACAAAGAGAUCAAGACUGCAUUAUGGAAGCUGUUACAUUUGUCUAAGAUGAUGUCCAGAGAAGUUCUUCUGUGA